AUGGCACCAUCCACCCCCAGCGGAAGCUCCGUGGACAACCCCACGGGAGGACCCGACGUCUUUAAGAUGAUACGGCAACUACAGAAAGCCCUCGACACCGUCAAGAGUGAUAACGAGCAACUCACUGCCGACUACGGCGAAUUUGAGAGACGCCUACGAGCAACCUUUAGUAACCCGGACGAAGUCCGCAUUGCCGAACGAAGGCUCAUACAACUCAAACAACGCGGAUCGGCCGCUAAAUACGCAUCCGAAUUUAAACAAAUCGCAUCCAAAACCGAAUGGAGCGACGACGAUACACUCAUGACGCUCUUUUACGCAGGACUGCGAGAAGACGUAAAAGACGAAGUCUCAAAGGAAGACAGACCCGACGAAUUCGACAGCUACGUCGAAAGAAUCGUCAAAAUCGACAACCGCCUGUAUGAGAGAAGACUCGAGAAACGAGGAUCCAAGAGCGAGCCACACACCCCGCGUAUUAAAGCAAACACCGGGAAGCCGCGACAAAACCAUCACCGGGGCAGCGAUAACCGACACCCCCCACGCAACCAAAAAUGGCAGAAUAGAACCUCCCAUGGACAUCACAGCGGACCAAUAGACCUCGACGCGACCAGACACGACAAAGGUCGCAGGGACAAGGACACGGCAAGUGUUACAUGUUACAACUGCGGCAAGAAGGGGCACUACGCCAACAAAUACCGACAGAAACGCAAAUUCCAGCCCGUACCGGAAGGCAACCGGCAAGCCAACGCCCUUUACCGAGGAGAGAAUAACCAUGACACUCUCCCAAACGCCAACAAAACCAUCGCGAUAAUGCGACGAGAACCACUCGGACCUUAUAUAGCCGACACCAAUAACGAUAACGAAAGAAACUACCUCAUCGCACAAACCGAGGAAGAGGUACGACAGGACGCCAUUAACAACAUGGACCCAGUUAAGAAACUCGAGUACAGACUCCGGAACGCGAACAUCGAAGACAUCCCUUAG